GCUACUCAUUCGCACUUUGCAUCCCCAGUAUGCGAUCCUUCGAGCUGCAUUACCUUCCAAUCGUCUUCUGCCUUCUUAUGCUCGCGGCCUUUAUUACCUCAUACUCAUUAUCUGCCGAGCUGGGUCACGCGUCAGCCCUUUUUCCCUACAUUAGUGACACUGGAUCCAUGGUCCCAGAAAGUUGCGUUUUCGGACAGCUGCUCAACUUGUGCGCUUUCAUCGGCACCCUUUGCGUUUAUUGCUGGUAUAGCCACCAGAUGGAGCGAUUCGAGGCUCUUGGCAGCCCUCGCUCUCACAUAAUUCACGCCCGAGUCCACCUGGUUUCCGGCUUACUAUCGGCCCUUGGUCUCUCAAUCGUCGCGAACUUUCAGGAAAGUUCUCUCCUCGUGGUUCACAUGGUUGGAGCGCUGGUGACAUUCACUUUCGGCGUUGUGUACUGUAUUCUAAUGAGUCACGCCAGUCGAGCACAUCUGAAUUCACUGAGGUGGCUUUGGGUGCUCCGGACUGUGUUGGCGGUGGUCUCCGCACUGGCUUUCAUACUGACGUUUGUGUUCGCUGGGAUUGCGGAACGCAAUCAGAAAUUACCACACAAAUGGGAUCCAAAUGAAGAGCUGUAUACGUACCACGCUUUGGGCACCACUUGUGAAUGGCUAUUGGCAUUCUGCUUCCUCGCAAUUUUCAUCACAAUGAUCUAUGAGUUGCGAGAUUACGCCCUGGAUCCAGUGAAGGUAAUGUUUUAA